AACUCUCCGCAUUGCCGUCUCUCUCCCCCUCCCUCUGGUUUGACGCUCAACGGUAGCCGGAAAAUCGCAUCUCACGCCCGAGCGCCGUCAUUCCUAAUGGUCUAGCGCCUCCCCUAGAGUGAACGGAGUGGGGAUGGGGAAUGCGAACGUCGUCGAGGCCGGUGGCGAAAAUGCCGCUCAGGAUCGCGGAGCCAGGUUGGGUGGCCCCGGAGGGAACGUCCCGGGCGGUUUUAAUUCCGAGAUGUCGUCGGAUUCUCGCCGUAUUGCUCGACCGGCGUCCCUCGACUCGAUCGGCAGUUCUGCUUUGCGGAACCCCAGGAGGUCGCGCCCUCCGAUCCUCUCCAUGCCUCCGGAGCCUGUGCCUCCACUAAACAGCUCUUCAGAACAUCAAUGUCCCAAUCAUCCAUGGACGGACGACCCUUAUGAAUCUAUGGAUCUAAUUCAAGAUCAAGGAAUCCCAGUUUUGAUCACUUGGAGCUUUGGUGGCAAUGAAGUCGUUGUACAAGGUUCAUGGGACAACUGGACAUCAAGGAAGCCACUGAUAAGUACAGGCAAGGAUCAUGUGAUUCUGUUGGUUCUUCCUUCUGGGCUUUACCAGUACAAAUUUAUUGUCGAUGGUGAAUGGAGAUACAUACCUGAUCUCCCUUGUGUACCAGAUGACAUGGGUUGUGUCAAUAAUCUUCUUGAGGUGCAGGUAUAUGAAUAUGUUCCAGAGAGUAUUGGGAAUGUGAAAGAGUUUGAAGCUCCUCCUUCGCCAGAUUCUAGCUACAACAGGCCUUUCCAGGUUGUGGAGGAUUACACAAAGGAACCCCCACUGGAACCACCUCAUAUUGAGGUUACGGUGCUGGGAAUGCAAGAAGCUCCAGGGGUACCUCUGAGACCUCAUCAUGUGAUCCUGAACCAUCUGUUCAUUGAGAAGGACGUGGACACUCAGUCACUUGUAGCAUUUGGCCUGACCCACAGGUUCCGGGAAAAAUAUGUCAACGUGGUUCUCUAUAAGCCUGCAAGAAGGAUCUGCUACAAUUUAUCGUUUUGGAGGCAGAUAGGGCAGAGCGAAGUAGUCUAUUGUGAGCAUCUUGAUAAGGUGAAAAGUGUGAAAGCGAACUCUUGAUCAGGUUGUAGAGCAAUCACGGACCCUGGAAGCAGAGGAAGGAAACCGGCUUUCAUCCACCACCACCUAAGCUGGGCAUCGGCUGGAGAAGGAUUUGUGGUGUAACCAAACCA